GUCUGCAGAAUUGAUCGCCGCCGUCGCUCUCACUCUCAUCCUCAGUCAUGUCCCGGUCCAGCAGCAGGAGCCUGUUCGGGGUUCCCGGGUCGAGGGGCGCCAGGGCGUCCGUGUCCAGCCUGGAGGGGCUGCGCAAAGUGCUGCGCAACGAGCAGGACAGAGAGAUCAUCCCGCAGACGCGCGCCUCUCUGCAGAGGGCGGACGUCCCGGACUCCUCAGCUCCCCCUGCUGCCGAUGACGCGGAGAACAAGCAGACCCUGAGGGGUCUAAACGACCGGCUGGUCGGGUACCUGGAGAGGGUGAAGCGACUGAGAGAGGAAAACCAGGACCUGCAGAACCAGAUCGAUGAGAUCGAGGCCAAGAGGAAGGACCCUCGAGGACGAGACUGGAAACAAACCCUGGAUUUCCUGGAGGAGCUGAACAAGAAGAUCAAAGAGAUCACCCUGGAGAACGCAAAGAUCCUGCUGCAGAUCAACAACUCUGUGCUGGCCAAUGAAGACUUUAAGAAGAAGCUGGAGGAAGAAUCCAAGGCAAGCAAGGAGCUGGAUCGAGACCUGGAGGAUCUGAAGAAGAUCCUUGACAGCAACAAACUGACCCAAGAACACCUGCAGCAGGAGAUGGAGCUGCUGAAGACAGAGCUGGCUCAGCAGACCAAAGAGCACCAGGCUGAAGUGGAUUCUCUGUGUGAGAAGAUCAAGGAGUCCAAGGUGACGGUGGAGAUCGAGUCCCAGAACUCCAACCUGGCCGACGUCGUCAGGAACAUCCGAGGCCACUACGAGAAAGUAGCCGAGAAGAACAUGAAGGAGAUGGACAACUGGUACUGCACCAAGUUUGAGAACAUCCAAGUGGAAGAGGCGCAGAACCAGGAGGCGCUGGAAUCUGGAAAGUCUGAGCUGAAGGACCUGCUGAAGCAGAAGAAAAUCCUGGAAAUUCAGAUCAAGACUCUCAUCACCACGAUCAAAAGCCUGGAAGAUACCAUUUGGAAGACCAAAGACGAGUACAAUCUGAGGCUGCAGCCCAUCUGCGACAUCAUCCGUGACCUCAAGAACCAGCUGGCGGAGGUGACGCUGCAGGUGGAGCAGCAGUCGGUGCAGAACCGCGACCUGCUGGGCAUCAAGAUGAAGCUGGAGCAGGAGAUCCAGAAGUACGACGACCUGAUGUGCGGCAUCACUGAUCCUCAGAGCCUGGAGUUUUCUUUAGACGAAGCGCUGAACUGUGACCUGAGGUCCCCGGACCAGACCAGCCCCUCUGAGCACAGGGAGGAGGAGGAGGAGGUGCAGCAACAGGCCUUCACUCAGCAGUCCGCUCCUCCUGCAGCUCCUCCUGCAGCUCCUCCUGCAGCUCCUCCUGCAGCUCCUCUUGAGGUGAAAGGUGAAGCACCCGUGGAGGCAGAGGAGGGCGCCGUCACCGCCGAAGCUGCUGUCAGCACCAAGAAGGCCAAAAAGAAGAAAACCAAAAAAUCCACCAAGAAAUCCUCCUCUUCCUCUUCUUCCUCUUCUUCCUCCUCCUCCUCCUCCUCCUCUUCUUCCUCCUCCUCCUCCUCUUCGUCCUCGUCCUCCUCCGACUCAGAGAAAGAGGAUGAAAAGACGGAGGAAGCUGAAGCAAAUUGAUCGCUUCCUCUUGUUGUCUCUAAAGAAUCAAACCUGUGGGAUCGAAGGCUUUGUUCUC